AAGAAAGAUCGGCCAGCUGCUCUGGUGCACUCUGGUGGUUCUUGUAACAGCGUCACUGUUUGCUUGAUCUCCAAACAGUCCAAGUGUGGCACUGAGGCUCAUGCAUGAUCCUGCGACAAAACUAAUUCCAGUGGACGUAUUUAAAUGGAAAAGGCUGGCUUUUCUUCUCCCAAACUUUUUAUUUUUUUACUUGAUAUUUUGACAUUUUCCUUGGAUUCAUGAAAGGGCUGAAACGGUGUGAACCAGUAUUGUUUUGGCUUUGCGGACAGUUUGGAUUCAUCUUUUCUCUGGAGAACGUGUUUUUGUUGCCUGCACAAACUUCCAGAAACAACAUCUUCGGAGGUGAUGACGAGCCACUGCUACUCCCUUCUGAGCACUGCCAAACAAGACUCGCAAGUGUGGCUUUGAUGGCUUACCGUCACGGCAAAAGUAAACUCACCGGAGCCACACAUUAGGGAGCGACAAACUCAUCCAUCCCCGUUGCCUGGGCCACAGAAUCCAAAUAUGUGCUGUAGCUUGGCAACAGUGCCCAAACAAAAGGUUCGCAGCUCCCGGUCUGAUUUGUCUGACCGCCUCCAAGAUGAGCCGACCCGGCAGCAGCCCUGAUGAAAAAGGGGUCAGCCAAAAUGGAGACCCAGGAGGUCAUCGCCCAGUGUUUACCAAUACGCUCAACGCAGCAGUGAGUCCCGAAACAAGGUUGUUAUCCGCCUUCGCCAGAGAUACCCAGGCCAGGAAAGUUGAUCUGGCAGGCAGAGAGUAUUACAGUGAGGAGGGAAAGCCCUUUGAAUUGCGUCUGGUUGGAAAAAUAAAGCAGCAGUUGAGCACUGAUCCGACUCUUCAUCCUGAGUAUCCCUCUUCUCUUGGACUGAGAGAAUUCACCAGGAAAGCCACAGAAGUAGCCCUUGGGAAGCAUUCUAGGGCUAUAGUGGAGAACCGGGUGUUAGGUGUCCAGACUCCUGGUUUUACUGCUGCUGUUCGUCUUGGAGCUGAACUCUUGAGGUGCUGGUAUGAUCUCAGUGCUGACUGGUGUGGCCCGGUUUACCUCUCUUCCCCUUGUGAUGACUCAUUGACUGGUAUCUUCCAGGCAGCAGGGAUCCAAGAGAUCCGUGAGUAUUAUUACUGGGAUGACAAGCAGCGGGGCAUUUGUUUGGAGAGGCUUCUGGAGGAUUUGGAGAGUGCUCCUGAGCAUAGUGUUGUUGUUCUGUCAGCGUCUGCCCACUACCCGACCGGAGCAGACCUCUCUCAGAGUCAAUGGGCUGUGAUUACACGGCUCAUUACGAGGCAUAGACUUUUCCCCUUCCUCUUGCUGCCUACACAGGCACUCUGCUGUGGAGACAUGGAGCGUGAUGCUUGGCCUGUGCAGCACUGUGCCUCGCUGGGAAUGGAGCUUCUCUGCGCUCAGUCGUUUUCCCAUUGCUUUGGACUAUAUGGUGAAGCUGUUGGACACCUCCUGUGUGUCUUAAAGCAGAACUCCGUCCUGCUGCCUGUGCGGUCUCAGGCUGACAAAAUAGUGAGAUCACUGUGGGCCAGGCCAUCCGUAGGAGGAGCGCAUGUUGUCACCACAGUGCUCAGUAACUCGGCCCAUCUUGUUGAGUGGCAGGGAGAGGUUAAGCACAUUGUUGAAAGGUGUAUGCUGAUCAGAGCCAUUUUAAGAGAAAAGCUGAGGCUUUUGGGAACUCCUGGUCGCUGGGACCAUCUGACUCAACAAGGUGGACUCUUUUGCUGCACAGGGUUAAAUGGUGAGCAAGUAGAAUUUCUGUCAAACAGGAGACGGGUGUACCUGCUCCCCGGCGGAUGUCUAAACGUGAGCGCAAUCAACUGCCGCAACCUGGACUAUAUAGCCGAGUCCAUCCAUUUGGCUCUGACAUCUUCACUCUGACCACGCAGCUUUAUCAGCAUCCAAAAUCUGUGGGCUUCACAAUGAGUUUGGACCUUUCAAGUGUUUCAUUAAAAUGUUCCUUUUUAAGUUAAGAGUAAUUAUGAUGUUACUUAAAAAAGGGAUGUUUAUGUUUCCAGUGCUCUGUUGGGUCAGCCAUAUCAGGAGAUCUGCUGUAAGCUGUGGAGUGAUUUUCCUGUUCAGUCUGUUUACAUUAAGAGUUGAUUGAGGUGUAUAUUUAUAUAUUCUCACUUUACAUAUGUGGAAUGUGAACAGAAGGUAGUGUAGAAAACAAACUACUUUUUUUCCUUUUUAUGGAAGAUGUUUGCAGAAAUAGUUUCUACACCUCAGUAAAAAAUAGAUUCGUAAACAAAUAAAAAAGAGUUAGUCACCGAGAGCUGCUAGACAGACUUUGUGUGUUUUGGACUUCUAGGGUAGCUUUUUGCCUUUAGUUCAAUCAUAAUUACUGGCUGACAGCUGGCAGCAGUUCAUCUUUAAUGAAAAAAUAUUAGAUUUAUAGCCUUCUCAACUGAACCUGAUUAUGAAAGUGUCUGGAUAUGAAGUGUUUACCUAAUAUUAUUGAUAAAUAAAAUUUUUGUUAACCCUCAAAGUCAAUGUACUGCUAACCUCGGACCCUAAUGGUGCCCCAUCAUAAUUUUAAAAAAAUGUUCUCACACAUAUUAGGAGCUCAUACUCAUACAGUUUGGCUAAUAUUCCCGUACUUACUUACUUACUUAACAGUUGCAUGACAAAGGUAAAUGUGAAUUACGAUUAUCAUAAGUCAGGUAAUAUGAAAUAUAUCGAUUUACUUCUGAUAAAAUGCACUCUUUGAUAAAUUAAGUCACUCAGAAACUCAUCAUCACCAUUUGAGGCAUACAUAUCACAUGUGGCCAAGAGGUAAAAUUUACACAACCCCAUUAUAGAUAUAGGUAUCGUUAGUUUGAGCAGGUUUUGUAUGUUUCUGUGCUUGAAUGGGUGAAUCCACAGAAUAGAUCACACAAAGUCUGGUGAUCAUUUUUGUCAUCAUUAUGGGGUUUUUUCGUUUAGUAGUGGCUCCAUAGUGUAGCGUCAAUGUCAGUGUCACUUUUAUUUAUGUACGUUUAAAAGGUUUUUACAUGUACACUUAAAAACCUGCGUAGGUCUACAGUGACGUAAAGGCAAUAAAAAUAAAAUGUUACAGAGAAAUACAAAUCAAUGCUCACACAGUUAUUAAAUGUAGACCUGUGAGACAGUUGUCAUUGACCUCAGAUCAGCAGACAGCUCAUUCCAAAGAACAGGAACACAGCAACUUUAAGCAUCCUCAGCACACUGAGAUCUAAUUCUGAGAUAGUUAAAAGAUGUGCAUCUGAUGACCUGAGAGGUCUAACUGGAUUAUAGACACUGAGUAAGUUACAGAUGUACUUUGGGGGGGUGGCAGUGAAGUGACUAUAAGCACUCUGGUAUUCUGAAAAAGUUCAGACUUGCUUGUUUUAUUAGACUGAAAAGGAUCCAUCUACAACACACAUGUUGGCCAAGGUGGUUAGCAAGAGCUAACGAUGCUGAAUCACUGAAGAUGUUUUACUUGCUAAUGCUAGCUGUGUUUCUGUAUGAAGCGUAGAUUGUAACUGAUCUCAGAGCAGUGAAAGCAGACCGGCAGCAGCUUGCCUCACAUGCUGCUCUCCCAUUAAUUUACAUUCACAGACCUGCAGUUUAGGCGCACUUUGCCCCCCCCCCCCCCCCUCCCUGUGUUUAGAUGUUGUGCCGUCACGUGACGUGAUUUAGACGCUUUGGGGGUUGUUAAGUUGUUUACAUAUUAAUUAUAUUUUCACCAGUUGUUUUUGUUGUUGAGAAUUUUAAUUAUAAUUUUUGUAUUAUGGUUUCUCAACAGUACUUGUUUGUUUUAAUUAGU